UUUGCGGAAUACCGAUAGUAAACUUCCGCUUCCACGAUGGCAGAGAUUCACAACACUGUCAAACAACUAAUCAAUGAUAAUGGGAAAGAUGAGUUUCUCACGGCAUCAGAGAUUCUCCUUAAGUUUGCCGAUAACAUCAUCAACCAUCCAAAUGAUCCAAAGUAUAGAAAAAUACGACUUGCGAACCCUACAAUCGAAAACAAAUUAUUGCCAGUGUCUGGUGCAUUGGAAUGUUUGUUUGAGAUGGGAUUUAUAGAGGAUGGUGAGUUUCUGACAUUUCCUACCAACAUUCCUCCAACUCUCACUCUGAUACAAGUAAGGAAUGAACUGCACACUGCUAUACAGCUUGUCAGGUCUUCGACUGGAGGACCGUCAACAGGGCAGGCAACACCAAGGAUCCAACAGCCAUCAGUCACUCCUCCAGCAAGACAGGUUGUCCAAAGGUCACCCCAAGCUAUGCAGCAAGCAGAAAGGCAAUUUUUCAGAAAGAUUGAAUCAAAUUUGGUACAUGUGCUGAGCUAUGAAAAGAGAGAUUUGCAGAUUAAGGCGAGGUCGCUUAUUCCAAUGGAAGAGUUAAACAAAAAGGCAAGAAACAGUUUCAGUGCUUUACAGGCAGCUGAUAAAGAUACCUCUGCUGUGGGGGUUCAGGACUGCUUUCUCUUGUCUCUUCUGGCCUGGUUUAAGAAUUCUUUCUUCAAGUGGGUGGAUGCUCCCGAGUGUGAUAUUUGCAAGGGUACGACACGCAGCAUAGGAAUGGCAGAAUCAAGUCAAGAAGACUUGAAUUGGGGAGCGUCACGUGUAGAGAACUACAGGUGUGACAGGUGUAAUAAAUCUGUGCGCUUUCCUCGCUACAAUGACCCAGGUAGACUUUUAGAUACUAGACGGGGUCGGUGUGGGGAGUGGGCGAACUGUUUCACGCUCUGUUGCAGGGCUGUGGGUUUUGAAGCCAGGUAUGUUCUAGACUGGACUGAUCAUGUGUGGACAGAAGUGUACUCAACCAGUCAAAAAAGGUGGCUGCACUGUGAUCCGUGUGAAAAUGCCUGUGAUAAACCACUUCUGUAUGAAUGUGGGUGGGGAAAGAAACUGACCUAUGUGUUAGCGUUCUCAAAGGAUGAGGUUCAAGAUGUCAGCUGGAGGUACAGCUCUAAUUUCAAGGAAAUGAUGAGUCGCAGACAGGAAGUGCGGGAAAACUGGUUAGGUCAGGUUUGCUUCCGCCUAUGGAAUGAAAAAAACAAAGUAGUUUCAGAAGAAAGACGUAAGGAAAUGGAGAAAAGAUGUAUAGUGGAAGUCGUGGAAUUCAUUACCCAGAAGAAAAAAGAUGAAAAUGAUCUAUCAGGACGAACCACUGGGUCACUAGCUUGGAGAUUAGCUCGUGGGGAAACGGGAAGCUCACCACAGGCUAGCAAUGUUCCAUUUGUCUUUACACCAGCAGACAGUGAAAAACAGAAUAAAUUAUUACAUGUCAGGUAUAAUUGUGCUAAAGAUGAGUAUACUCGAGUCACCAAUGGGAAUGAGAAAACAUCUGGAUUUGUCUCCUGCUUGUCCAAGUGCACUAACAUGUUCCGCAAGGAAGAACACGACUGGAAAAUGGUUUACCUUGCUCGAAAUAAGGAACUGCCCAUUGCUGCCCUGUCUUGGAAGUUUGAUUUUAAAGAUUCCGGAUUAAAAGUCAGAAACAUUGAAAUUUGUGUCAAGAGCGCAACGUACGAGAAUGGUGUUGUGUCAUGGAGACUGUGCAGUGAUGAUCAUUGUGCGAUACUUAAAGGUACAGAUGACCUCAAAUCUGUAAGUGACCUUAAUGGCGUGAACAGCAUGACUUUGACAGCAAACCUCAGUGGCGGAAAAGGAGAUGUUGCUUGGCAACACACACAGCUCUUCCGGCAGAAAAAUGAUGACUUUGAUACCUACCCUUUUGAAGUGAAGAUAUACUUGGAGUAACCAGAUAUAUCCUAGUGUAUAAGACACCUAACACUAAACCUUACCCUAUCAUUUAGAUUGUUUCACCACCUGGUCAUGUAUGAAAACAAAAGUUUUUAGUUCACUGGUACAAAGAUUUUUGUAUAAAUGGUGACUCUGGUGUCCUCUGGGUCUGGAAGGGCGGGGCCAAAUGGGGGAAAUUCCUUUAAAUCUCUUUUAAUUUGGUCAUAAGCAUCCUUUGGGAAGUGGAAAAAAUGAACAUAGGAAGUUUGAGAAGUAUCCCCUCCUUCCAGUACAUGUACUUCUCAAGUUAAAGAGAUAACAUGGAUUUUUUGUGGAGAACGAUGGACCAUGGAGGUAGAGCAAUAGCCUGCUAUCUGAUGGUGGUAGGCUAAAAAUGUCAUUAUGGUUUAACAGAGACAUAAUUGUUGGUCAGAAAUCAGUAUUUUUUGGAUUUUUGAUGGCAAAAAUAUUAAGCAUGUUCAUGUAACUAUAAAUUAAAACUAAAACUACCAUGUCCUCUUUUACCAAAUGGAAGAAUAUUGAAUUAUUCCUGAAAAAUAGAAAUGCCUCCAAAGAUUUCAAUAAUAUUUUUUUCAAAAAUAGCACUAAAACUUAAUGAUUCAUGGGCUUAGUUAAAUAUUCAAGGUUACCUUCCAUUGUUACAAAAAUACAGAAUUCCAAUGGUUUCGGUACAAAGUUUACCCCCAUAUUUUAACAACAAACUCUUUUUCUUUUCAAGUCACAUUUAGUACUUCCUAACCUUUGACUUUUAGGCAUCUCUGAAGCUUAAACUGUCAUACAUGUGCAUACCGAAGGGUAUAUCCUAUGUGAAGUCCAGAAUCUACUAUAUAUAAUAUAGUUUAAAACUUGUACUAGUUGUGAUUU